GCGACGUAAGGGUGCCCUAGUAGCGAGACCGUCCUACCGUUCGCCGCUGUUUACAAAACAGAACGCCGAGCCUUUUCUGUUCUUCUUUUGUCGUACGUCCAUACUUUCCAUACAGCUGCUUCUUUCUUCUUCUUCUUCUGAAUAUAUCUUCCUGCCUGGAUCGGAAGCUGCUCUGCGCGAGGCGGCCGUCUGGAUAAGAGGAGUCCUAUAGCGCGUUUCUCCUGCAACGUGGAUUGCGCCCGGCAGCGGAUCUGAGCGGGUGGUGGGGUGGGGGGGACUCUCGCCGCAACGGAAUAAACCCCGCGACCAACGAGAGGAAAGGAGAGAAACGCGCGGAAGCGUUCGCCUCUUGUGGAUUUUAACGGGAAUGCUGCUGUCGAAGCUCAACUCUCUUGCCCACAUCUCCGCCGUAGAUAUGCCAGCGAAAAUCCAGCUCCAAGUUCAUCAAGUGAAGGAGAGGGAGGCUUUCGAGAAGCUCUACCAGGUCGGCGGCGUGCUGGGCAGCGGAGGGUUCGGCACGGUCUACUCCGGCACCAGGAUCGCCGACGGAGCACCGGUCGCUGUGAAACACGUCGCCAAGGACCGGAUCUCCGAAUGGGGCGAAUUGCCCGGUGGCUCCCGCGUGCCGAUGGAGAUCGUGCUACUGAAGAAAGUGGGCACGGGCUUCCGCGGCGUGAUCAAGAUGCUGGACUGGUACGAGCGAGCGGACAGCUUCAUCGUCGUCAUGGAGAGGCCCGAAAACGUCAAGGACCUCUUCGACUUCAUCACCGAGAAGGGCGCCCUGCCGGAGGAGCUGGCCAAGAACUUUUUCCGCCAGGUGCUGGAGGCGGUGCGCCACUGCCACGGCUGCGGCGUGGUGCACCGCGACAUCAAGGACGAGAACAUCCUCAUCGACCUGCGGACCGGGGAGAUGAAGCUCAUCGACUUCGGCUCCGGGGCGCUGCUCAAGGACACCGUUUACACCGACUUCGACGGCACAAGAGUGUACAGUCCGCCGGAGUGGAUCAAGUACCAUCGCUAUCACGGGCGGUCUGCCACAGUGUGGUCGCUGGGCGUGUUGCUGUAUGACAUGGUGUGCGGAGAUAUCCCCUUCGAGCAUGACGAGGAGAUUGUACGGGGACAACUCCUCUUCAGGCGGCGAAUUUCCACAGAGUGCCAGCAGCUCAUCAAGUGGUGCCUGGCCCUGCGGCCGGCUGACAGGCCCUCCUUCGAAGACAUUUUAAACCAUUCCUGGAUGCAGAACACCACCUCCUCUGUAGUCCUGUCCACAGCGCAGAUGGAGAAGGCCGGCACGGAGAUCCGACUGCACAGCAUCGGCCACGAGUCCACUGCCUUCACGCCCGCCGCAGUCGCCGUGGCCCAGUGACCGCAGCUUGCCUCAAAACCACUCCCAAGUUUGUUAUCGGCUCCUCGGUUUGGCCUCGCUCAGACUCGUGUGAGCCCGACUGCACUGACACACAAGAUUAUGAAAGACUUAUUUAUGUGGCAGACUUGGAAACACAGAGGAGACGAGGUGCCGUCUAGGCAGAUAGGCUAACAUACACAAAAUCUCAAGUAAAGGGACUGUAUGGAAAGAUGGCCACGGUCUUGAUGCAAAACCUCAUUUCCGCCUUUCAGCCUGGCAGGUCAGACUCCUGCCCAUUCCCUGACAAGCUCUGAGUACUUGAUUUUUUUU